AUGCAAGAUUUUUCAGACAAAGUUGGAAUCAUGAUUCCAUAUUCACUGGUGUUCUUACUCCAGAAAAUCUUUAAACAGCUCUUCCACAUCGGCUAUGGGGUCACAAAGCCCACAGAGAUGAGUGUUCAAAGGGAGAGGUGCAGGGUACCAUCAGUGGUUUUCUUUCUGAGGGAUACUCACCAGAUUUCUGCAGAAAUGGUCCCAGUGCUUCAUGCUCAUCUGCAAGUCACAGUGACUCUGGUUCUGCUCCUGUCUAUGCUCAGUUUGGCUGCUGGUGGGAAGCUGUUGGUGGUGCCAGUGGAUGGGAGUCAUUGGCUCAGCAUGCGGGAAGUGUUGGACAGACUCAGUCAGAAGGGACAUGAAAUAGUUGUCGUUGCACCGGAAACAACAUUACAGAUAAAACCAUCAAAGAACUUCAUUCUGAAAAUGUACUCAGCCCCAUACACACAGGAAAAGAUGGAAGAAUAUUUACGGGCAUUUUUUGAAGUUACAUUUGAAGAAGGAUCUUUUCUGGAAAGAUUUCUUAAAGUAUACGAAGGUAUGAAAAAAUUCUCUCUUAUGGCGAUCGCCAGCUGUAGACAUUUGCUAUACAACAAGGAGCUUAUCAGAUAUCUUGAGGAAGGCAAGUUUGAUGCUCUUUUUACUGAUCCUGUAGUGCCCUGCGGGCAGAUACUGGCAGAGCAUCUUUCACUUCCUUCUGUGUUUUUUUUACGAGGAGUGCCAUGUGGUUUAGAUUUGAAAGCCACUCACUGUCCCAGUCCCCCUUCUUAUGUGCCCAGGGCAUAUACAGACCUUACAGACCACAUGAACUUUCUCCAGCGGGUGAAGAAUCUGCUCUUUGACCUCCCAGAUUAUUUUCUCUGUGAGAGUGCCUAUCAACCAUUUGCAGAACUGGCUUCUGAGUUCCUCCAGCGGAGCAUGACUGUGCCAGAACUCUUAAGCCAGGGUUCCAUUUGGCUCAUGAGGUUUGAUUUUGUGUUAGAUUAUCCAAGACCUUUGAUGCCCAACACAAUUUUUAUUGGAGGAGUACACUGUGCUCACAAGGAGCUACCUCAGACAUAA